ACAAACUGGGACCAUGAAGCAAAGCCAGAGUCUUACAAGUUUUUUUUCUAGGAGAAGUUCUUUUCAAGCCUUGUGUGCCUGUUGUCUUUUGUUGUCAGAUCCCUCCUAUGCUGCUGUCAGGAGAGCAGGAUGCAGUAAUGGGAAUUCUGGCCUCUCCAAAAGCCCUCCUGUCGCAGGGACACAAAAUGUGAAUAAGACAACGGAGCAGCAGCGGCCCCAGCCAGAUCCCUACCAAAUCCUGGGGCCCACCAGCAGCCGUCUUGCCAAUCCAGGCAGCGGGCAGAUCCAGCUGUGGCAGUUCCUGCUGGAGCUGCUGUCGGACAGCUCCAACGCCAGCUGCAUCACCUGGGAGGGCACCAACGGCGAGUUCAAGAUGACGGACCCCGACGAGGUGGCGCGGCGCUGGGGCGAGAGGAAGAGCAAGCCCAACAUGAAUUACGACAAGCUGAGCCGGGCGCUGCGCUACUACUACGACAAGAACAUUAUGACCAAGGUGCACGGCAAGCGCUACGCCUACAAAUUUGACUUUCACGGCAUCGCCCAGGCCCUGCAGCCGCACCCCACCGAGUCCUCCAUGUACAAGUACCCCUCGGAUCUGUCCUACAUGCCGUCCUACCAUGCCCACCAGCAGAAGGUGAACUUUGUGCCCCCACACCCCUCCUCCAUGCCUGUCACAUCGUCCAGUUUCUUCGGAGCGGCCUCCCCCUAUUGGACCUCCCCUGCAGGAAGCAUUUACCCCAACCCCAAUGUGCCCCGCCACCCCAACGCCCACGUCACACCGCACUUGGGCAGCUAUUACUAAAUGCUUUGAUCUGCCAGUGGCCUUGAGCAGUCUGUUUGGACUUUUUCUUCACUCCUGGGAUUUGUAUGGUUUUUGGGGGGACCCUUAAUGGAUGAUUGUGGCCUUUCUGGGGAAGAAUUAAAACUGGAUAUUUGUUAUUCCUGGACCAAACCUUUUACUUUUGUAACUUUGCCUCUUGUGUCUUGAACUGAGAGAUGGAAGCUCCUGUGGGCCAGUACUCUGCAUUUUCCUUGGGGUUUAAGGCUUGUGUCCUCUGUAGGAAGUGACAGUGAAAAUGGUUCACCAUUCCCUGGAAUGAUUAUUACCUUUUGGAUGAGAGCAAUUUGUAAGGAUUCAAAGGCUUUUGACAAGGCAUAGAUCCAGAAAUGGGUCAUAGGAAAAGAUGACCACAAUGGGGUUUUUCUCACUGGCCAUUUGACCAUUCAGUGGAGGACAUUGGGACCACAACUGGAAUCUUAGCUCUAAGGCAGAGGAGGAAUUUCAUCCAACUGGAAAUUAAAUAUAUAUAUAUAUAUUCAUAUAUAUAUAUGUACAUGUAUAUUUUAAGAAGUAAAGGGCAUUGAAGGAACUUUUCUAGAGUACAACUUCACUUGACUGUGUGUGAGCUCAGCAAGCAGCAGAAACCUGAACAAAGCAUAAGGCAAAGUCAAGCACAGGCAUUCCUGGGAACAGAAGGGAAGUGAAUGAACGACAGCAGGUCCCCGGCUCCGCCCGAGCCGCGGGCUCUGGAAGCACCGAUUCGCGAACGCUGUGCGUUUGUCAGACCGUCCAACCAAGGGUCAACAAACCAGAAGGCAAAUUACUGUAUAAAUUAUGCAGAGUUAUUUUUCCCUAUAUCUCACAGUUUUAAAAGAAAGAGUAAAUAAAACGAGUUGACCUCGGUCACAAAUGCAGGUUUGUUUUUUACUAUCAGCUCAGUUGUUUUUUGUUUAUUUUUUAAUGUAAUUUGUACAUCUUUUCAAUCUGUACAUUUGGGCUGUAGCUUUGUACUUUUUGCUAAAAAAAAAUAAAAAAUAAGACACGAGUAAUGUAUCUGUUGGAGGUAGGCUUAGUCCUGCACUUGGAUCCAUGACUGACCCCCAAAGUGGCCAGAAACCCUCCAGAUUGCCCUGGGUUUGUCUAGAGGAGAGGAUUUUCUGUAUUAGUCUGUUGUAGCUGUCUGCAAAUUAACUCCACUUACUCCCAUGUUUGCAUUGAGGCUGAUUGAAAACAGGCCCGACAUCUCAAGGCAACCAUUGCAAUAUUCUGUGAUCGCUUUUCAUGCAAAUCCUGAACUUUGGGAAGAUCUUAACCACUUCAUAGAUAAAACAACCAAAUAUCCCUUUUUUAGAUGGCUUCUGCUGGGGGGUUCUGUGGAAAUCCGACCCUUUCCAGAACUCUGAGCCAUCCCCAGCUUUGCAGAUGUGAAUGUGACGCUGCAGAAGCAGCGGUUUGGUGCCAUAAACAGAGGGUAAACCACAAGCAUUUGGGGUUUGGAACAGAUGUCUGGGGGGUGAGAUUUCCAUGUACAACCCAUUAGCUGACUUGUAUUAAGUGGCAGCCAAUUAACAGGAUCACAACUAUCUAGUCUAGGCCAACCCCUGGGACUCUGUGGGGAGGGAUUUGGUCCAUGUGCAUCCCAUUGCAGGAGGGGAGUCUGAAUCCAGAGCAUUGGAGUCUGCUCAGAACGUUAAACACAAGCACUGAUGCCAUUAUUUAACAAAGAAAAGAUCAGGCUAAUUCAGUUAGGUCUUAGUGCUUUUGGGGUGUUUUUAAGCAACAUUUCUGCAAUAAUCGCAAAAUUUAAAUAUGAAGGAAUUACCCAUGGAAAUGGGGCUUUUGCUACUAUAUAUAUGCAAUAUACUUUUUGGAUAUUAAAGUAUAUAUAAUUUUGCAAGCUAUCUUGGUGGGUUGUUUUUUUUUAAAUGUAUUAAUGUUACAAUGAAACGGCUGUAUGAAGAAGAUGAUGUAAAAAAAAAAAAAAAGACAAAAUAAAUGGUGGUUUUCUUCUC